AUUGUGUUUCAUUGACUCAUGCUAUAUUAUCAAAUACAACUCUUGUUGCAUCGUCAUUUAUGAUAUAUUUCCUGUAACAGAUGGCAACAUUUUUGGAAGUAUCACAUGAACUGAGUAUAUUAUUAUGCUGAUCAUUUUUAAGAUUUUGAUGAUGUUCAAAAUGGCAGGUUGCAGGUUGUGUUUGGUCAUUUGCCUUGCUGUGUGGAAUAUAGGACUUGGAGAGAAUGAUUUAGGAGACAAAAGAUGUGCUUUUGUUACAAAGACGACAGCUAUAUGCUCUCAUCUGAACCUCACAUCUGUACCACAUUCUCUCCCGAAAACAUUGGAAGUAUUUGACCUGUCGUAUAACAACAUAACAGUACUCCACAAUAAAUCAUUUGAUAAGUACAACCUGAUUCGGAUUCUGAACAUCUCUCACAAUGUCAUCCAUGCCAUCGAGAGCAGCUCCUUUGGAAAUCUCUGCAGACUAGAGAAACUUAUAUUGAAAUCCAAUGCCAUUAGUGAAAUAGCCAAAAAUUUGUUUAGUAACAAUCCAAAUAUUUCAACUUUGAUUCUGUCUCACAACAAACUCUGGAAAAUUCCACAUCUUUAUGGAUUCAGUAAUACCAAAUGCAAAGGAGCCACAGGAGUAAUAUGCACCCAUCUGCACCUCACGUCCAUUAACCAAUCUCUACCAAACACAUUGGAGACAUUGGACCUAUCAUAUAACAAGAUAACAGUACUCCGCAAUGAAUCAUUUGAAAAGUACCAUCUGCUUCGGGUUCUGAAUAUUGCUCACAAUUCUAUCAAUACCAUCGAGGGCAACACUUUUGGAAAUCUCCACAGACUUGAGACGGUCGUUCUUGAUAACAACGUCAUAAGUGAAGUGCCCCCAUCUUUGUUCAUUAAUAAUCCAAAUAUUUCAACUUUGAUUCUGGCUCAUAACAAUAUCAGGAGAAUUCCACAUCUUAAUGGACUUUGUCUCAACAAGACACCUAAAGGAACCACUGGAAUUUCAGAGUUGAGAAACCUAAUUUUGAUUGAUUUUUCACACAAUAAUUUGACAUCGGUUGACGAAAAAGACUUUGCAUCUUUCAGUAACUGCUCUAUUCAUGAAUUCAGACUGGGAUACAAUGAAUUGACAAGUCUUCCAAAGAGAGUUUUCACUAAAUUUUCUUCAGUUGGGACAUUUGAUGGGAGACAUGUAAACCUCAGCAAAUUUGAGGUUUCUUCCUUUUUAGGAAUUAAGAGUAUGAUAGAGAUGACACUGGAAGGAUCACAAAUCAAGUUUCUUGUUCCACUGAAUGAUUCCACUCGUAUCCUCAGAGACCAACUUCCUAAAAUAAAAAAACUACAGUUAAGCAUAAAUAAAAUAGAACAAGUCCCUGACUAUGCCUUCUUGGCAUUUGAAUACCUGCAAGUUCUUGAUUUAAGUGUGAACAGAAUAUAUAAUAUUUCAAACAAAUCUUUUUGUAACAUGACCAUGCAGAAUGAAUUGAAUCUAUCUCAAAACAAAAUCAAUGGUCAUUUGUAUGGUGCUUUUGCAUGUCUCAGAAAUCUGGAGCACAUCAACUUGGCACAAAACAGAUUGUAUAAAUUUGACCCUGCAUGGUUUACUGGUUGCAAAUCACUGAAAAUUCUGAAUGUUUCCGGAAACAACAUCAAUUAUAUGGAUUAUGGUUUGUGGAACACGACAAACUUGCAGAUACUGGACUUAUCUGCUAAUAACCUUGAGUCCAUUGAAAGAUCCAUGUUUACUGGUCUAUCUCGUUUGAGGAUUCUGAGAUUAGGAAGGAAUCGAGAACUACAGAAAAUUGCUCAGGAUACCUUCAGCGGAAUGACAGCUCUUGAAACUCUUAUAAUGAAUGACACAGGUAGAUGUGUUCUGAAUGGUACUAUUGCUGACUUGAGGAAACUUACUUUCUUUGAUUGCUCCUACACUUCCUAUAAGAUGAAUAUUUCCUCUAUACACCAAUUUACUCACACCUCAUCACUGAAAACAUUAAUCUUUUAUUUCUCUCGUAUUUCUUCUGCUCAUGCUUUAGUGAAUGAAGAAACGAAGGAGUCAUUAUUUCAUGGGCUGGCAUCACUCCACACUCUUAAAUUGAGAGGAAAUCACCUCCAAGAUUUGCCCGAUGUGUCUUUCAUGUUUUCUCCUCUACAACAAAUGAAAACACUUGAUUUGGUUCGCUGUGACCUGCAAAGGAUUACGUCACAGGUUUUUAAGAAUUUGGGAGGACUUGAAGAGCUUCUACUGAAUAGUAACAACAUUGUGUACAUAUCUGAAAAUGCAUUCCAAAAUUUGCGAAAUUUGUCAAGUUUACUUCUGCAAUACAACAGACUAAAUUCAAUAGGGAAAAAUUUGUUCAAAGGCACAACUAAUCUUAAGCAGUUGUACCUACAAGAAAACAAGAUAACUACAAUAGCACCUGGUACAGUAUUCCCACCUCGGUUGAUAAGACUGAAUAUAGCAAAAAACAUACUGAUCUGUAAUUGUGAACUAGCUUGGUUUGUACACUGGACACGUACUGCUACAAAUGUUUCCUUCAGACCCCAGAAUGAGACUCUAUGUUCUAAUAAUUCAUUCAUUGAACUUCAAAACAAACCUAUUUGGUCAUUUCAUCCAGAAGAAUACUGUGGAAUCAACAUCAUGCUAGUUACUGGUGUUAGUAUUGCAAUCAUCAUAGUGAUGUUCCUCUCUCUUCUGGUAUACCAUAAGCGCUGGUGGUUCAAUCACAAGAUGUUCCUUCUAAAACUAGCCAUCCUUGGCUAUGAUGAAAUCACAGAGGAUGCUGAUCCAAGUGACUAUCAAUACCAGCUUAACAUCAUGUUCCAUGAUGGUGAUACAGAGUGGGUAAAUGAAAACCUAAAGCCGGCACUUGAAGAAAGGAUGCCUCAUCUGCAGAACAUAGCCUUCGGAGAUGAAGAUCUUCAUUUAGGGAUGUACUAUAUCAAUGCUGUAUACCAUAAUCUUGAUAAUAGCUUCAAGACAGUUUUGUUGAUAAGUAACAAGUCAGAGGAUGAUGCUUGGUUCAUGACCAAGCUAAGAAUGGCUGUUGAGCAUGUGAAUGACACCAAGUUAGACAAGAUCAUCUUGAUAUUUUUAGAAGAUAUUCAAGAAUCAAAUUUACCAUAUCUUGUAAGACUCUUGCUUAGUAGGAACAAACCUUACUUGAUGGUUACAGAAGAUGAAGAUGGUCAAGAGUUAUUUUGGGCCCAUUUUGAAAAGGAAAUGAAAGUAAACAAGGUUAUUAACAGUGUAAUUCCCAUAUAAGUAAGUUAAUAGGUUAAUGAUAAGUUAAUAAAAAUGAUUUUUUAGUUCCUCAAGGUGUGUAUCUUGAUUUUUGUUUGGUCU